AUGAACCAAAAACCUCUUUUCUUCCCUUUCUCUUCUCCUCUGAUUUAUUCAUACUGCAUCACCAUCUUCUACUUCCUCACCACAACCACUCUAUGCUAUGCUGUAGAUCCAUAUUUUGAAGCUUGUGAACCCCAAACAUGUGGCAACCAAACUAUAACCUACCCUUUCUACAUCAUAGAAACACAAGAACCCUUUUGUGGCUACCCUGGUUUUGGUCUCACUUGUGACAAUACUACCGGUUUUCCAAUCCUUAAUCUUUCUAAUACCUUUUACAUAAUCAACCAAAUAUUCUAUCAGAAUCAUUCAUUAAGAGUGUCCAAUCUUAUGUUUUCAAGACCAGACACAAAAAAAGGUUGUCUUUCAUUUCCACCUACUCAAAACCUCAGUUUUCCUAAUAACAUGUUCUAUCUCGCACGUAAUCAAACCGAGGUAAGAUUAUUCUUCGGAUGCGACUCAACUAAGCUACCCAGAACUCUACAAAGGAACACAAUUGGUUGCUCUGCAGGAAACGAAACGAGUUCGGUCGUGGCAUUGUAUGCGGAUGAUAAAAAUGUAAGCUUUGUGUCGAAGAACUGUAGGGAUGAGGUUGUUUAUGCGAGGGUGGAAAAUGGUGUGGAAGGAGGGAUUGAAGAGGCUUUGAGAAAAGGGUUUGGAUUGAAUUGGAUAGCUGGUGAUUGCAGGGAAUGUAACAGUACUGGAGGGAGGUGUGGUUUUGAUGUACAUAUAGUCAAAUUCAGAUGUUACUGUACUGAUAGAGUUCAUGCUGCAAAAUGUCAUCCAGGUUUGUCUCUGCUUUCUUUAUACUAUCACUUUAUAACUUAUAGAGUAAUUUAG